AGAAUUGAAAAAAUGUAAGAUUAGUAAAAUGGAGGAAUAGAGCAUCUGAUAAAAGUAAACUAAAAAUUUCCUGGGGUGACAAAUCUACCGAAAGUGUUGUUGCCGCGUAAGUGUUCAGAAAAUUUGGAUCGUGGAUUUUGGCUCCAAAUCUUGAAGACUGCAGAUUUUGCGGAUUUCUGCGCUUAAGUCAAGUUGUAAAACUUGAUGAUUACCAAGUAUAUGUUUACAAUGUAAAAUACCGGAUGGGAGGAAGGGAGGAGCUCAACAAAAGGUGGAUAGAGCGUGAAACCCAUGUACUUUAUGAGAGCCUUGAUGGAUAUAACCUGAUCCCCUUAGUUCCUCCUCAUCAUUUUACAUCCAGUCAGUUUAAUAUCAAUCGAUCUAAUCAAACCAGAUCAAAUCUGGACAGAUCAAGGACGCUCGGACGAUCCCAUCCUAAAGAUCUAGGAAACUUCUACACAGGAACCAUCGGGAGAUCAAACUAUAACCAUGCGACAAUCAACAGAGCCAACCUAUCCCAUAAACCUUUAAGAAGAUGUGAGCAUGAUCACUGUGCCCGGAGUCAACCGAACCUUGAUGAGCUGACCCCUCAGCUCCUGAUCACACAUGCCAGCGUGGCGGUCAUGGCAUCUGCAGAGCAACAAGCUUCAGGAUUGGAGAGAGGAGAAGAGCGGUAUGAAUAUAAGACCCGGAGUACUGACUGCUGUCAAUCCUGGUGUGAGAGAGGAGGAGUGGAACGUAUUGUUGUUCUUCUCCUUCUUGGAGCUCUUCUUAUCAUAUUCUCUACGGUUGUGUUAUCCUUGUUUUACCUGAAAACUAUGAAUACGACGGGACUAAAUGUCGUCUUCUCUCGACAGGAGGUUUCCGAGAGAACUUUACUAAAAGAUCCUUCACCCAGUCAUCCUUCUCCCAACCUACCCUGCUCCACACACCAGUGCCUCACUUUGGCAGCUCGAAUAGAAUCUGUGUCGAGCAGGCAGGGUGACCCAUGUUCUAGCUUCUAUGAAGCUGCGUGUGGAGGUUGGGUUGGAUCCAGGAAUAUUACGCGACCCAUGGAUACUAUCUCAGUGCUAGACCAACUCAAGCUCGACAUUGAUAAGAAUAUCAGGGACCUGAUAAUGUCCUUGGGAGAUUCCAAUAACGGGUUUGGUAAACUCAAAUCCUUCUUUAUCUCCUGCAGCGACGAAGAUACUAUCCGGAGAAGGAGAAGUGAACCUAUCAUCAACUUUAUCAAGGAACACUUUUCUCCAGCCCUGGAUCCUAUGACGGGGGAUACUGGAGAUCUUACAGAUAUUAUCACAGAUUUGUUAAUGUUUGGUGGUUCAUCGAUGUUUGAUGUGAGCGUAGAUAUUCAUCCUUUUAAUAGUUCUCAAUAUAUUAUUCUUGUUAAACUACCUUCACACUCAAACCUUCCAGCACUCUUUCCUGUACCUGGAGAUCCAUUGUAUCCAACCCUAGAUCCAUUGUAUCCAACCCUAGAUCCAUUGUAUCCAACCCUAGAUCCAUUGUAUCCAACCCUAGAACCAACCAAACAGUAUCCAACCCCUGAUAACGAGUAUCCAAACCUAGGACCAAAUUCAUUGUAUCCAAAAACAAAAUCAGCAUUUGAAAGUUCUGGGUUUGAACCUAGUUCAUCAAGUUCUGAUUCUCACGGGAUAUUCUCUGAUCCUAAACCAGGUUCAAACCUCAAACCAAUCAACAUUUUCUCUUCCUUUAACCACAAAAACAAGUCGGAGCAAGGAAGGCAAAAGAGAGAACUCAAGCAAACCCAGCAAAAUAUAAUAUCCAGUCAACAACUUUUUCAGGAUAUUCAGAAUGCCGCUGAAUCGCACAGUAUAGGAAACCUGAUAAACCUCGUGGAAGAAUUUGAUUUGCUCUCCUCCUACUCACAACCCUUCAAACAAACUACAGCAGAUGAAAUUGUCGGAUUCAUUGCAGCACUCAGCAAGGCACUACCAGACCGUAAUCAGGAGCUCAAAGCUUUCAGAGAAAACAGAGUUUACAACCUUUAUACUCUUCAAGAACUCCAGAGCUGUUUCAAGUAUGUGAACUGGGGUCUCUUGAUGGACAGGUUGGUUGGAAAGCAGAACGGUGAGGAAAGAUACAUGGUUCAGUUUCCUUCACAUCUUCGACAGAUUGAGAGAGUAGUUUCUCUCUUCGGAGUUAGAAUUGCUCGUCUCGGCUUACUGGUUCUCUACGGGAGAGAUUUCCUUAGUAGUCUCGUUAAUCUAAACAGUUCUCAAGAGAGGUGGAGGACGUGUAGUCAGGUUACUCAGGGUAUACUUCCAAUACCAUCCUCUCAUCUCUAUAUUAAUUCAGCUACACAGUUUGACAGGAACCAACUCCUCUCAAGGGUAAAAGAUCUUGGUUCAAAAGUUAAAACCGAAACUCUGAAACAUUUGGAUAGAACGUCUUGGAUGUCAAGUAAAUCCAAGAGACGAGUAUUGAGGAAGGUUGAGAGGGUUCAGAUAGACGUUGAUAUUCCUCAUAUUUUCUUAGAUAGAGAUCUAGUCCUACAAUCAAUACAAAAUAUUAACAUAUCACAAAAUGAUUACUUUGGGAAUGUAGUUUCUCUGGUUCGGAUUCACAAAGAAAGGAUUUAUUCAUUGCUCAGGAGAAGGGUUAACAGAGCUGAAUAUUCUUGGAGUGUUAUAACUUCACCGCUAGGUGUCAAUGCUUUCCAUAUUCGCCAACUGAACAGUGUGUUGGUUCCCUAUGGUCUGGUCUCAAGUUUUCUACAUAUUUCUCCAGGAGCCCCGCAGUAUACUACAGAUGCUCCAGUAGCAUUUAUCAUAGCACAUGAGUUGAUACAUAGCGUAGAUCCUACAGGAGUAGGUUGGGAUGAAAACGGAAAACUUUCAGAUAUACUAGAUAAUACUUCACUUAAUAGGUAUGAUAAGAAGCUUGAGUGUGUGAAGGAUACGAUAUCCAAGGUUGGACAAAUCCAGGAUACGUAUCAGGGUCAGAGAAUAAGGAUAGAAUCCAAUCCGGAGAUAUCCAUUGGAGAAUCUAUUGCUGAUAUAGAAGCAAUGAACGUUGUUAGCAAUAUGUUUGAUUAUAAAACCAGAAUUGCUGGAAGCCACUUCUCUCCUUCACAGCUGUUCUUCCUCAAUAUUGCUCAGGGUUACUGUGGAAUAAUGGGCAGUCUAGCGAAAUUAGUUCAUCUUCACAUCAACCCACAUUCACCUUCACAAUCUAGAAUUGAUAACUUGGCUCUCUUCUCCUCCAGCUUCUCUGAAACCUUCCAAUGUCCUACAGGAUCCAGGCUUUAUCCUGUAAACCAGUGCUUGGUAUUCGGAGCUAGAUAAGCCAGUGUUCGGAGCUAGAUAAACCAGUGCUCGGUAUUCGGAGAUAGAUAAACCAGUGCUCGGUAUUCGGAGCUAGAUAAACCAAUACUCGGCAUUCGGAGUUAGAUAAACCAGUGCUCGGUAUUCGGUGAUAGAUAAACCAGUGUUCGGUUUUCGGAGCUAGGUUAACCAGUCCUCGGUAUUCGAGGCUAGGUAAACCAGUGCUCGGUAUUCGGAGCUAGAAAAAACAGUGCUCGGUAUUCGGAUCUAGAUAAACCAGUGCUCGGUAUUCGGAUCUAUGUAAACUAAACCAGUCCUCGGGUUUCGAUGCUAGGUAAACCAGUGCUCUGUAUUCGAAGCUAGAUAAACCAAUGUUCUUUAUUUGGAGCUAGAUAAACCAGUGCUCGGUAUUCGAAGCUAGGUAAAACAAUGUUGUGUAUUCGGAGCUAAGUAAACCAGUGCUCUGUAUUCGGAACUAGGUAAACCAGUGCUCUGUAUUCGAAGCUAGAUAAAACAGUACUCUGUAUACGGAGAUAGGUAAACCAGUGCUCUGUAUUCGAAGCUAGGUAAUCCAGUGCUCUGUAUUCGAAGCUAACGAAACCAGUGUUCGGUAUUAGGAGCUAGAUAAACCAACGUUCGGUAUUCUGAGCUAGAUAAACCAGUGCUUGGAAUGGUUUUGUACCACUUAUACAAUGAAUACGUAUAAAGAUGUUGAUGAUAUUCUGUUGUAAUUGUAUAGAGUUAGAACUUGGUACUCUGCAUAGUAAAUUAUGGUAUAGUGUAACCAUAAACCUUAUAUUUCUCCUAACCGUUAACUUGUUACAGUCCACAGUUCUAACAUUCCUUUCAUACUUUUCUUUUCCCAGUUGUUUUAUUUUGUUUUCACUGUGAGCCACAUACUUCUCCAUUCCUUUCCAUUCUUUUCCUUCUAUACUUUCCAUCAAAUCCUUUCCAUCCUAUUGUUUCAAUCCUAUCCUUUCCAUCCUAUUGUUUCCUUGCUAUCCUUUCCAUCCUAUUCUUUCAAUCCUAUCCUUUCCUCUCCAUUCUUUCCCUUUUAUCCUUUCCCUUCUAUCCUUUCCCUUCUAUCCUUUCCAUCUUAUUCUUCCCUUCUAUCCUUUCCAUCUUAAUCUUUCCCUUCUAUGCUGUCCAUCCUAUCCUUUCCAUCCUAUUGUUUCCAUCCUAACCUUUCCAUCCUAUUGUUUCAAUCCUAUCCUUUCCUCUCCAUUCUUUCCCUUUUAUCCUUUUCCCUUCUAUCCUUUCCAUCCUAUUCUUUCCCUUCUAUCCUUUCCAUGCCAUCCUUUUCAUCCCAUCCUUUGCAUCCAAUCCUUUCACUUUUAUCCUUUCCAAUCUUUCCUUUUUAUCCUAGAUUUGUACUUUAAGGUUCUGUCGUUGUAAUUUAAGUUAUAAAUAGGAACAUGCCUGAUUCACAGUGGUAUCCUUUAAACCUUUAUCUGAUCAAUAAUGUGGAAUAUAUCGUUGUUUUUCUAGAAUAAAAAGCGUUUUAAUUUUGAGAAUUUCCUGCAAAUUUUCUAAAGCAGAAAAGAGAAACCACAAAUGAGAAUAAAAAUAGUUAUAAAGAGAAUUUGUUGGAUAAAUCAUAAACAAAGCUCUGAAUGGUACCGUGGUGAAUCGGAUAUAUCAUUCUA